CAGAACGACGAGUAAAAAUCUCAUUAAUCAUCAAAAUCUGCACGGAUAUAGGUCCUUUUAACCUGAUUAGCAUAAACAUAUUUCAGUAAAAUAAUUCUAAUUAGGGGAAGUGCCACUGCUUUCAUCAGCCUGUUCUAAACUGUAGGAUCACAGUGGAGACCAGAGUCUGCACAGUGUAACACACCAUCAAAGGAUUCAUGAACUGCACAAAAGCCUUUGGAGAACAGUCUUCACAUGCACAGGUUCACUCUGCUGUGUGGGUUGUUGUGUGACCCCCCGGGUCAGAGCCGGUGCACAGAGCUGCAGCCUCGUCUGUCACUCACCUCCUGAAAUAGAAACCUGCAGCCCGACACCGCCCCGCUCUCUCUGUUUAUCUCUCGCUCUCUCUGCAGCCUGUCAGCAACACUCCCACAGGUGCUGUGGGUCGCCCCACACUGAGCUGGUGUUCACAUCAAACUCACCCGCUGCUCCAAAACUUUCUCUCAGCCACAUUUCUGAGUCUGAAAACUUUGAAAAUUUCAUUUAAUUGGAUUUAAACUGAGAGCCUGAACACUCCUCCUGGACCAGGAACACACCCUUCGGCUUUAACCCGAGCCAGGACCAGGACCAGAACCAGGACUAGGCUCUCCCGGAGAAGUCCGAACUAAGUUUGACCUUGAAUGUUUGACAGCAGGACAUGAUCCUGAUUCUGGUCCCGGUGCUGUCGGUAGUUUAAUGCUAAGCUGAUUUCAGAGACACAAUCAUGAGCGGCCACGAGGACACAGCAAAAAGAGAAAGAGGGCGGGGCAUCUUCCUCAGCGCUCACCGCUGCCCUGAAGUCGACGUGCUGCCUCAUCAAACUGCUGAGGCACAAAUCCUUCCACGCUGUUCUCCAGUUCCUGCAGACAAGAGCUCUGAGUUCACCUGCACAGGUGAGAGCGAGCCAGAUUACCUGGACUUCUGCUCCACCCAUCGCUCCGAGGUAGAUGAGGAAGAGGAAGACGAAGGGAGUGUCAGCGACUGGUCGGAGGAAGAUCUCUCACUCCACUUCUCUCCCUCUGUCCUCAUCCAAUCAGACGAUGAAACGUCUGAUCCAGAGAGUGGCUUUGAGUGUGUUGACAUCACCAUAGAGACACAGGUGAAAGGUCAGGAUGCGGAGGGGCUAAAGAUGGUGCCUAAACGGCAGAUUCACCUGAAGAAGAAGAAGAAGGACGGCGAGGAUGGCGCUGAACAGGUGAUACUGAAGGAUGUUCCUGCUGAGGGCAGAGGAAUUAACAAUAAUACGUCAGCUAAUGAGCUGCUGUGUCCCACUACUCGAUCACGGCCUGAACUGUUACUACGGCAACACAGUAUGCCCACCUCCUUUCACGCCACCUCAAAUACUAGCAGUGAUGCUGAGAGCUACGGGGUCUACAAGGGCCUGAUUGCAGGGGCUGGCCAAGGGCUCCUGAUUGGAGGAAACUCUCAGCGUCUUCAGAAGUCGUUCUCUCUGGAUGAAACCAAAACAAAGAUGGCAUCCUGCCUCAUUAAGAACGUGCUGUCGAAAAAGAUGCAGGUGGAACAGAAAAACCUGAAGAAGAACGCGGAGGUAUCACCUGUCCUGCCUCUGGGUCAUCAGACAGGAGGAGGCGGGGUCAGAGCUCCGGUUCACGUGGUGAGAGACGUGAGGAGUUUAGUUAAACACUCAUACGGCCACUCAUUCACCACAUCAGCCGCGUCACAGGACAACAAGUCAACAAGCUGCAAAGCAGUUGGCCAAGAGGAUAGCCCUAUGCCCACUUACCAGCAGGCUGUGGGGGUCAAAGGUCACUUCUCCAAGGUUGCUGUGUCUUUCAGCCAAUCACAAGACAAGAAGCAAAGUAAAUCAUCCAGACAGCCGAUGGCACAGCAGAGACGAGGAAGUGAGCCAAUUAUCAGCAAAGGUUUAGACCACUUAGACCCACCCACUUUGAAGCCCAACCCAUCAGCGAGAGCUGUGACUCCACCUUCCCACCAGGGCACCUGGCCACUGCUCGUGCUCAGAACAGAGCUCCAUCCUGGACCCAGCAGUCCACACCUGGUGCAAGCAUCCACCUGCCCUUUAGGUCCGAGGAGUUCCCGAACCGGCAAACUGGAAAACUUUUCUGAACAAGUGGACCCGACCAAAACACAACGAGAGCGAGAGGGUCAGAGCGGGACAGCAACGCUUCCGAGCCAGAACCAACAAGAGCUUCAGCAGCAGCGCCUGCAUCCACAGCCGAUUCUGUGCAGCGUUCCCAGUCUCUUACCUGCACAGGUAUCUGGGGACUUCCUUGUCGAUGUGUUGGGCUCUGCUGCAGCACCUGGACCCUUCUUCAGAGUUCCCGCCCCCUGUCAACUGAUGUUAGACCCUAAAAGUGGGCAGUUCUUCUAUGCUGACACGUCCCUGCAGCAUCAGAGGAAGAUGCUCCUGAUCCAGAAACUGGACAGUCUUCCAGGUGUUCUUCUCCAGCUGGCUCAGCCUCCAAUGCUGCCAUGUUCCCAGUGA